AUGGAGAACUACCAGAAGAUAGAGAAGAUAGGAGAGGGAACAUACGGUGUUGUUUACAAAGCUCGAGAUCUAUCUAAUCAUGGCCGGAUUGUUGCCCUAAAGAAGAUUCGACUCGAGGCUGAAGAUGAAGGCGUUCCGAGCACAGCAAUUAGAGAAAUAUCCUUGCUUAAGGAGAUGCACGACCCAAAUAUUGUCCGGCUAUUUAAUAUUGUUCAUGCAGACGGACAUAAGCUCUAUCUCGUCUUCGAGUUCCUCGACCUGGAUCUAAAGAAAUAUAUGGAAGCUCUGCCGGUGAGCGAGGGUGGCCGCGGAAAAGCCUUGCCAGAUGGAUCCCAUGAGAUGAGCAGGCUGGGUCUGGGCGAAGCCAUGGUGAAGAAGUUCAUGGCCCAGCUUGUGGAAGGGGUCCGAUACUGCCACACCCAUCGCGUGCUCCAUCGAGAUCUCAAGCCUCAGAACUUGCUUAUUGACCGGGAGGGUAACCUUAAAAUUGCAGACUUUGGCCUUGCUAGGGCUUUUGGUGUUCCUUUAAGAACAUAUACACAUGAGGUUGUCACCCUGUGGUACCGUGCCCCUGAAAUUCUCCUGGGUGGCCGUCAGUAUUCUACAGGUGUCGAUAUGUGGUCUAUCGGUGCAAUUUUCGCUGAGAUGUGUACUCGACGACCCCUUUUUCCAGGUGAUUCGGAAAUUGAUGAGAUAUUCAAGAUAUUUAAGUUACGUGGCACACCUGACGAACGGAUCUGGCCAGGCGUAACAUCGUUCCCUGACUUUAAGACAUCAUUCCCAAAGUGGAAACGAGAAGAUAUUCGCAAGUUAGUGCCUGGUUUGGAAGAGAACGGCCUCGCGCUGCUAGAUGCUAUGCUUGAGUACGAUCCCGCACGCCGCAUAUCAGCCAAGCAAGCAUGUAUCCACCCAUACUUCCAGGCAUGCAGCUCUGCAUACUCAAGCCGCGGCCGAACUCCUGUCUACCAAUGA